AGCUGAGCUCUGCACGCAGACGUCUGAGAGCAGAGCAGAGAAAGACGAGUGACAUGUUCACCAAGGGCUCAAAUCAUCGCACAAACUGGAAUCUGAGCAAAGAGGACACAGACACUCAACGGUGCACAUUUUAAUCAGCAUUGGAGAUGAACGGUUGUCCACUGUGGGAUUUGAAGAUGUGGGCAUUGAUGGGAGUAGUCUGUGUGUGCCACUGUGUCUUUGGACAGCUGUUUGAGACCAGGCUGAAAGGAGCGCCCCGUCUGAUCUGCAGUGUCCCUGGGUCACCAGGCCUGCCUGGCAAACCUGGUCCCGGCGGGGCCCCAGGAGCAGAUGGGAAUGUGGGUAUCCCAGGAAGAGAUGGCAGAGAUGGCAGGAAGGGUGAAAAGGGCGAAAAGGGAGACACAGGAUUGAAGGGCAGAGUCGGCCCAACAGGUAAAAUUGGAGAACGAGGUGACCGUGGCCCUGCGGGGAAACAAGGCCCUACUGGGGAAAAUGGAGAUCGGGGCCCACUUGGUCCUCUAGGACAUGAUGGAGAGAAAGGGGAUAAAGGUGAACGAGGGCCACCUGGAACAGCAGGAACUUGCAGAUGUGGCAGCCUGCUUCCUAAAUCUGCCUUCUCUGUUGGAAUAACUAGCAGCUACCCUACAGAAUACACCCCCAUCAAGUUUAACAAGGUCCUGUUUAAUGAGGGUGGACACUACAACCCACAGACAGGCAAGUUCAUCUGUGCAUACCCAGGCAUUUAUUAUUUCUCCUAUGACAUUACCCUGGCCAACAAACACUUGGCUAUUGGUCUGGUGCAGAAUGGCCAAUAUCGCAUCAAAACCUUUGACGCCAACACAGGGAACCAUGAUGUAGCAUCUGGGUCCACUGUGAUGUUCCUGAACCCAGAAGAUGAGGUGUGGUUGGAGAUCUUCUACCGUGACCAGAACGGUUUAUUUGCAGACCCAGGCUGGGCUGAUAGCUUGUUCUCUGGCUUUCUUCUCUAUGCUGACACAAACUACUUUGACACACUGGCAGCCGACUAUGCAUAAA